CCCAGCCCACCAACCCCCUCCCUGCUACCGCCGGAUCAGGGCUGGCUGCCUUCCUCUGAGGCCAUCUGAAGGGGAGCUGGCAAGAGAAGAGUCACUUUUAAGAUGACACGAACGGAUCCACCUGACAUCCUGGUGUCUACAGUGUACCAAGACAUAAAGGUGGCCACCACAGCCCCCCGGGAUUCGAUUGUCUGUCAGCCCCUGGCACGAUGUGACGCAUCCAUGUCCUCCUCCCUGCCCCGCGAGCCCCAGCCCUUCAACAAGCGCCAUUGCAGGAGCUUUGACUUCCUUGAGUCUCUGGACGAGCAGCUGGGCACACCCCCAGCCAUGGAGCGGCCCUGCCCUCACCCCAGCACCCCCGAGACCGUGCCGGGGCCGCAGGGUCGCCGAGCACCUCCAAAACCGGACCCUUAUGCGGGUCAGGCCCCGCCACCACGCAGCGAGCCCAAGCGCCGGGCCCGCUCCAAGAGCACGCCACGGGUGAAGCCAACCUUCACCGCCGUGCCCAUCGCCGUCUCGGCGUCACCGCCGCUGGCCCGGCGCGGGCGGGAGGUGCUGCGGGUGGCGCGGGAGCCCUCCCGGACCGAGCCCUCGCCACGCCGUGAGGGUCAGGUCCCGCUGCGGGUGCUGGCUAACGAGGUGCAUCCCAUCAAGCUGCAGCCGCAGCGCAGCAGCGUCAGCCGCAUCUCUCCACUCUGCCUGGGCAGCAACUGCCAUGAAGAGGGCCUGGGAGCCAAGGUAGGUGCCAGUCCCCAUGUCAAGUGCCGGGUGGACAUCAAGCCAGACGAGGCGGUGUUGGUGCACGCGGCGCGCAGCCUGCGGGCGACCCCCAGCCGGCAGGAACCGCCGCGAUGGCCACGUGCACCCGGUGCUGCCCGCGGCAGCCUGGCCGUGCCAGGGAGCAGGCAGGGCUCGGCAUCCCGCACCCCCACCCCCAGCGACUCCUACAGCGGGGACCCCCCACUCCUACCCUACCCUGGGGAGUACUACGAGACGGACCCUCGGACGCUGGCGUACCAGACGGUGCCAGUGCCGGCCUCGCGGGAAUUCAGGGAGUACCCUGAGAGGGGCUGCAUGACCUUCUCAGCCCCUGGUGUCCCCGCCAAGUUCUUCUACACAGAGGAUCCAGCACGGUGUCCCAGCCCCGCCAUGCCCCUCCGCAGCUCUGGCUACGCCAGCUACCCCUACCCCACCCGCCACAGCGUCCCCCAGCACUUUUACACCGAGGACCCAGCCAAAGCAGCAAUCCACACCAUGCCACCCCGGACGUUGUACGUGGAGGAGCCACGGGGCUACCCAGUGCAGGAGGCUCCCACCCGCACCUUCUACGGGGACGAACCCCGCUUUUACGCCCCCCGGGGCACCCCCAUCAAAACCAUUUAUGCUGAGGACGCCCGAACGUACCCGGCCCUCGGCUCCUCCGCCCGGCUCUUCUACGCUGAGGACUACGGGAGGUACCGGGAGCGGGAGGUGAUGUCGCGGACGUGUCCCCCACCCCGCAGCACUCAGCCCUUGCACUUUGGGGAGUGGUUCUGCCCCGAGCGGGGCGCCCUGCCCUACCAGACUCUGCAGGUGUCCCGCUUCACCCCCCAGCCAGCCGGCCGCGAUGCCAUGCUCUCCUCCUGGCACGGCAGCUACAGCAUCGCCCCGCCACGGCUGGGCCAGGAGAGCCAGCACUACUCCAAAUCCUGGGAUAACAUCCUGGCGCCAGCGGGGCGCAGGGAGGAGGCCCUGCAGCGCGGGCGAAGCUACGAGAAUCUGCUUGCCCAGGAGCAGCACCGUGCCUUAUCCCCCGAGGAGCGCCGGCAGCCGGUGGUCAUCAACCUGUCCAGCUCACCCAAGCGCUAUGCUGCCCUGUCCCUCUCUGAGAGCUCCAUCCUCGAGAGGGUCCAUGCCGAUGGUGGCCGCGGUCCCCUGGGCCGCUCCUGGUAUGUCACUCCGGAGAUCACCAUCACUGACAAUGACAUCCGUGCUGAGGGGCUGGGCCGGAGCGAGAGGCGCUCAGCCAGCUGGGACAUGCUGGAUGCAGGGCGGGAGCGCGGUCCCUACGCUGUGCCCUGUGCCCCGCAGCCUGUCCCCAGGGAGAGCAGCUCGGGGCGGCAGCGCAGCCUGGAACAGCUGGAUGAGCUCAUCACCGACCUCGUCAUUGACUACAAACCCGCACCAGGCCACCGCGCUGGGGACAGGGACAGUCUGGCCGAGCAACUCAAGCAGCUUCUGAGCAGCAGCAGUGCCCCGGGGCCCCCCCGGCGGAGCGAGAGCAGGAGGGUCCCCCCCAGCAUGCCUGAGGGACCGCGACCCAUGAAGGAGCAGCCAGGGCCCAGCUCCCGCACUGGUGCCCCACGCCCCCCGCCCGCCCCGCUGUCUGUUGGCACCUUUGAAAAGUCACCGGAGAACUGCUCACCCGACCUGAGCGCGGAGGAGGACGACAUGAUGAUGUGCUCCAACGCCAGGUGUCGGCGGACGGAGACCAUGUUCAACGCCUGCCUCUACUUCAAGUCGUGCCACAGCUGCUACACCUACUACUGCUCCAGGCACUGCCGCCGCGAGGACUGGGACACGCACAAGGAGAGCUGCGUCUAUGGGCGCGUGGGCAGCGUCUGCCGCCACGUCCUGCAGUUCUGCCGGGAGAACGCCGAGGUGCACAAGGCCUUCUCACGCAUCGCCAAGGUGGGAUACCUCUCCCGUGGCCGUGGUGUCCUCUUCCUGGGCUUCCCCAAUGCCGGCUCGGCUGAGAACUUCCUGCAGUUUGGGCUGGAGAGCCUGUUGAUGUCUCCCACCUACUUGUCCCUCCGGGAGCUCGACAGCUACUCGGACAACCUAGGGGAGUAUGCCCGGGAACUGCGAGAGACGGGGAACCAGUAUGACCCCAAUGAAUGUUUCCUCCUGAAUGUAACCGUCGCUAUCACCCAAAAAGUGCCAGAGAGGCCGUCGCCAAAGAUGCAGGUGCCGACGGUCAGGAAAUACGCCAAGGUGGCCUUAGCCUCCUCCAGCCCUGAGAAGAAGAUCCUGAAGAAGGAGCGGGACAUGGAGACGUUGAUCCUGACACCGCCACCUGGCACAGCAGACAUUGACAAGGAGGGGGAAGAGGGCCGCAAGGCCCGGGAGGUUUGCUUCAUCAACAUCCAACGGGAGCUGCGCAUCCGCGGUGUCUUCCUGCGGCAUGAGUUCCCCGCCGUCUAUGAGCAGCUCUGUGACUUUGUGGAGAGCAACAAGCGCUUCACCCCCACCACCAUCUACCCCAUCGACAAGAGGACGGGCAAACAGUUCAUGUGCAUGAUCAUGGCCGCCUCCGAGCCUCGCACCCUCGACUGGGUGGCCAGCCCCAACCUUCUGGAUGACAUCAUGUGAA